AUGAGGAACUCCUUUACUUACAAGUGUGCUCAACUAUGGAAUAAACUUCCAGAGGAUGUCAAGCUGGCCGAUGAUGUUGAUGUUUUUAAGUCUAAGCUAAGAUUGAUUCAGCUGUAAUCUUUAUAUUUUUAAUUUUUGUGUGUGUAAUUUUUAUAAAAUUUAGAUUUGUGUUUACAUAGAUUAUAGAUUAUGGAUUUACAUUUCUUUUUCUUUUUUUUUUAAUGCUAGAUCGUAUUUUGAACGAGCACUUGUGCUCUUAAACGAUAACGUGGUGAAAUAA